UACAUUUCUACGGUGGAAGUGGAGACUGGUGUCACGUCGCAAAUAGUUUAACGACUAAUCGUUCGUCUAUCGGACACAUUAGGGUUACUUCUGAACACUGGGAAGGGGAAUUGACUUUGGAGCCGAGGUGGAUUUUCACUGCGGGUGUCAUUCGCAGGCCGGUUUCUCAUUUGUACACAAAAAAUGUCCACGGCUGAUAAUCAUUAUUUUCAGUACAAAGGCUGUAACUUUGUUUCAGCUAUCUACAAAAAAGAACAUUUAGAACAACUGGAACAUUUUGAAAUAAAGGAUUCGGAUGUCUUCAUUGUGACAUAUCCUAAAUCUGGUACCAUAUGGAUGCAGCAAAUAUUGAGUUUAAUUUACGCUGAUGGUGAUCUGGAUGAUGUUCAGAGUAAACCAACAAUGCAACGUGCUCCUUGGAUUGAGGUGCCAAACUCAAAUUUCCCGGAACGCCCAUCACCUCGACUGAAUGUCACACAUUUGCCCUACCAUCUCGUUCCUAAAGCUUUGAAGGCAAAGAAGGGAAAAGUUAUUUAUGUUGCACGGAAUCCUAAGGAUGUACUUGUCUCUUCUUAUUAUUUCCAUAAACAUUUUGCCCUGUAUGAAUCACCAAAAAACUUUCCCGACUUCUUUGAAAAAUUCAUUGAUGGCAGAGUGGAAUUCAGCUGCUGGUUUGACCAUAUCAGGGACUGGUGCACUCAUAAGGAUGAAUUCAACUUCUUGUUCCUAACCUAUGAGGAGAUGCAAAAGGAUCUCAGAGCAACAAUACAAAAAAUUUGCAACUUUGUUGGAAGACAGUUGGAUGACGAAAAACUUGACAGCGUGAUAAAACACAGCUCGUUCGAAACUAUGAAAAAGGAUCCAAUGGCUAACUAUGAAGGAAUUCCUAAAAAAUCCCCAGGGGGAUCGUUUCUUCGUAAAGGGACAGUUGGUGACUGGAAAAAUAACUUCACAGUUGCUCAAUCUGAGAGGUUUGACAAAAUUUACCAAGAAAGAAUGAAGGACCUGCCAUUGGUGUUCACCUGGGAUAAAGAAUAAGUAAAAGGCAAUAAUUUGUAGACUGAUAAGAUAAUGCAAUAAGAGAAAUUAUUUUCGGCCAUACUUAUGAAUAUCUUUUAAACAGAUUUAUGUACCUUUAAAAGGGCUAUGGUGAAUUUUUAUUCAUGUUAGACCAGUGAAUAUCAUUCCCUGGAUGAAAGUUCAUGUACGAGUGUGCAUCGGCUGUUGUACUUUUACCCAUUAAAAAAUAUCUGAUCCUGUGGAUUAGGGAAAAAUUGGGAUAUCGUUUCUCCCAAUAUUUGUGUCCUGCACUUGAAAACAAUGAGGCAGAAACCUACCAUAUUCAAAUCUGACUUAAAAUCAAAUAUCUAAUUGUGCUAAACCCUUAUAUAUUGUCCAAUUUCAUGUUCGGAAAGGAAUGAAACAUACACAAUGUCACUGAUUCUUUGGUUUAACGUCAUAAUCUGGCUGCGUUUAGUUUCAAGUAGUUUUUUUCCCCAUGAAAGGUUGUAUAAAUGUUUAGAUGUAAGAUUCAAAUAAGAUUCACAAAAGACACCUUGUGUAAUUACAUUACAUUCACAACCUAGAAACAGCUUGACUAUUGAUGGUGCUUGUAUAAUAUGAUGUUCCAGAGUCCUUUACCUUUUCUUCAUUCCCACAUCAUAUUCAACAUAUCCUUUUAUUCAUUUUUAUUCCCUGUGUUUGCUACUCAUUAAAUAUUAUUGAUAUUUGCCUAAAAUACUUCAUGCCAUAGUUAGCUCUACAUUUAGUAUUCACCCAUCAUCAGUUUCCUCACUAGAUUCCUGCAGAAUAGUAACUAUUAUUUUGUCAGUGUCUGU